AUGUCUGACAACAUUCCUUCUACAAGUCUCUCAGCCCUGGUGGCCAACCCUCAACAAAACUCUACGUUCAGGGACGAUUUGACUUCCCCCCCCUACUCUCCUCGUAUUAUUACUUUUGAUGAGUUUAAUGAAUAUAGCAAUUCUAUCAUGAUGGAGUCUCCGCCAGCGGGUAUUGACACAUGUCAUGAGGAUUAUGUACAUGGACCGGAUGGCGAAUCCAUCGUACAGAGAGGCAAAAGGGCUCAUUCUCCAAUCUGUUCAGUCCUUGAACCACCAAAUAAGCGCCAAAAGGACCAUUCAGAUAUGACUGACCUCAAAUCAGAGCUCAGCGCCAUCAUGAGCUCUUCUAUUCCUGCUAUGGCUUCAACAGAUCUACCUCUUUCAAGCUCCCAAUCGGUUGUACCGGGCAGCCAAAGUGAACACACUCUGGAGGCGGUUCCUUCAGUUCCUUCUCCUCCUGCCCUUUCUUCAACUGUUUUUUCGACAGAUCUACCAGCGUUGAGCUCCCAAUACGCUGUGCCGAGCAACUCAAGUGAUCACUCAAUCAUUUCUGUACCAAGCAGCCAUUGUGAUCACUCAAUCGUUUCACAGGUGGUACCUUCUACUCCUGCUCUUUCUUCGACAGAUAUACCAGUGUCGAGUUCCCAAUCAGUUGUACCAAGCAACCGAAGUGAUCACUCCAUCAUUUCACUGUCUGACGUGUCCAACAUUUUACCGGGAGUCCUGGGGCAAAGUCCUACUCCUGAAUGUGUUUUGAGCAGCAAACGGACUCAUUCUCAGAUUGGUUCAGUGCCUGACUCAUCAAACAAGCGCCAAAAGAACGAACAGCCAAUUAUUCCACCUGUCAGAUCUAGAAUUCCCACUUGCAGAAUACCUUACAAAGUCUCAAACGGAAUAGUCCACAGAGUUUCAAACGUUCGCUCCACAAUACCCUCCAAAUUAUCUCUCUCAAAUGAACGCCGCCCGCAUCCAAAAGCUCCAAGUCAAGAAUCAAAUAUACGGUCGGCCAACAUUCCUCGUAAUUGUUUAACAUCCUACAAACCUUCAACAAGUGCUGGCAACCCUCAAACCACAAAGCAUCAAAAUCUAGCGAAUACAAAAAAGGAUCAAAAUCUAGGGAAUACAAAGAGGGCUGAAGGUUGGUUUCAACACCGUAUACGUACCGCGCUCCCUCCAUGA